UUUAUUCAUCCUUCAGUAAUUUCCCAUCCUCCGUACUCCAGGGGGCGACGUUGGCCUUCAAGCGCACCUGAACUGAGGGAGGCGCGAAGAAGCUUGAACCGCGCGCGCCGCGGAGAUGGCAGAGAGCGGAGUUUCAGUGGGAUCUGAGUCCCUCCAGCUGUAUGAAACGCAGUUCUUCGGCUUCACCCCGGAGACCUGCACCGUACGAGUUCACGACGCCUUUCGGGACUCUCUCAAUCAAAUACUGGUCGCCGUUGAAUCCGUGUUCGUGAAAAGAUUGUGUCCAGGCCGGGAUCCGCCGGCAGAGCUCCGCCUGGCAGCCCGAGAGAGCACCCAAAGGCUGCGGCAGUUCUUACAGGAGCGCUUUGAAAUCAUGUUCCAGCGCAUGAAGGGGAUGCUGAUGGACCGCGUCCUGUCCAUCCCGAGCAACGUCCUGCUGCCCGACGACCGGCCGCACCAGAAGCACCCCGGGGGCAAGGAAGACCUCGCGAGGCUGCGGGGCUCCAUCGCCGACCUGCUGCAGGCUUACGAAGCCGAGGUGUGCGCCAAGCAAGCGCUUCUCGCUGAGCUCGAGGAGCAGAAGGAAACCAGGAAACGGCUGGACGAAGUGCUGGGGUGGAUCGAGGAACUGCGACUUUCGUGGAGGCGAGAGGGAAUGGGAAGUGUCCGAGACAGCGUUCGACACGUGGUGGAGACCGUGGGCCAGCUGCAGGACGUUCUGGGGAAGAUUAACAAGCGGAGCAGAAGCCUGGAUGAAGUGUGAUGGUUCGUCAGAGACUUUCUCGGCGCAUGUGCUGUGGUGUAAUAUCACGACCCGCCCGCCAGGGGGAGGCAGCGCUCGCUCUAUAAGGCACUAUCGCAUUAACAUACAAGUACCAACAUCAACCCAGCUUCGAACUAAUGCAUUUGUAAUCAGGCGAUUUUCCUCAGGAAUUUGUAAUGCAGUCCAUCUCUCCUUCCUCAAAGUCAUUGGGUUUUCUCAUUUACGAUUCGCUGCCUUUGAUGUUCGGUACAGUGAGAUCUGCAUUAGAUUAGCCCAAAUUCCCCACAGGCCCAAACUGAUGUAUCCGACGGCCUGGCUGGCUUUACACUUUACAGAAAGUUUUUUCGUGUUGUUUAAGGAGAUAUUUUAAGGUCUUCCCUUCAAGUUCAGGGGAGGAAGAUUUUAAGUGGUGCGGGACCUCGUCACCAGCGAAGGAACGCAUUCUUCCGUACGUAACCUGGAUCUAAAUUGCUUUGAGUUGCUAAGGAUAAGUGUCAGUUGUUAAUAAAUGUAUUGAACUGAUAUACUUGUUUGUAACUGUAAAUAGCAAUAAAAAUAUUCUUGCAUUCG